CAUUUUCUGUCUGAAAUUUAUGCAAUAUCCACUAUCUUUCUUGCGAUUGUGAUUCUGAAAGCUGUUAGAAAAAAUAGAUAAAAAUUCAUCAUGGUUUUAGCCGAUUUGGGCAGAAAGAUUACUAAAGCUCUAAGAUCAUUGAGCACGGCAACAGUAAUAAAUGAAGAUGUCCUCAACUCUAUGCUUAAAGAAGUUUGUGCCGCUCUUUUGGAGGCUGAUGUUAACGUAAAACUGGUUAAAACUCUCAGGCAAAAUGUCAGGUCAGUUAUUGAUUUUGACGAAAUGGCUGCUGGUUUAAACAAGAGACGAAUGAUUCAAACUGCCGUUUACAAAGAACUAAUGAAGUUGAUCGAUCCAGGGGUCAAGGCUUAUCAACCUCAAAAAGGCAAACCAAAUGUAAUAAUGUUUGUCGGUUUACAAGGUAGCGGUAAGACAACUACUUGUACCAAGCUAGCGUAUUACUACCAAAGAAAGGGAUGGAAAUCUUGUUUAAUUUGCACCGAUACUUUCCGACCUGGCGCAUAUGAUCAGUUGAAACAGUCUGCUACGAAAGCUAGAAUUCCAUACUUCGGAUCAUAUACAGAAAGUGAUCCUGUUGUUUUAGCUCACGAGGGUGUGGAAAAGUUCAAAAAAGAAAACUUCGAGAUUAUAAUCGUCGAUACUAGCGGUAGACACAAACAAGAAGAUUCACUUUUCGAAGAGAUGUUGCAAGUAUCGAAUGUUGUCAGUCCGGAUAAUAUUGUCUUCGUUAUGGACGCUUCAAUUGGUCAAGCUUGCGAAGCACAAGCGUGCGCCUUCAAACAAAAAGUUAACGUUGGUUCUGUUAUCAUUACAAAAUUAGAUAGUCACGCUAAAGGUGGAGGUGCUUUGAGUGCUGUUGCUGCAACGAAAAGUCCAGUCAUAUUUAUUGGUACCGGAGAGCAUAUAGAAGAUUUUGAAACUUUCAAAGUUCAACCAUUUGUCUCCAAACUCUUAGGAAUGGGUGAUCUUGAAGGCUUAAUUGAUAAAGUUAAUGAAUUGAAAUUGGAAGAUAAUGAAGAUUUGAUUAAAAAAUUAAGACAUGGCCAAUUUACAUUAAGAGACAUGUAUGAGCAAUUUCAAAAUAUUAUGAAGAUGGGACCUUUCAAUCAAAUCAUAGGUAUGAUACCAGGCUUUGGCCAAGAUUUCAUGUCGAAAGGAAACGAACAAGAGUCUAAAGUUCGUUUAAAGAAAUUAAUGACCAUAAUGGAUAGUAUGAAUGACCAAGAAUUAGAUAGUUUUGAAGGAGCAAAAUUAUUCUCCAGACAACCUGGACGAAUAAACAGAGUUGCCCGAGGUGCAGGUGUAUCAAAUAGGGACGUUCAAGAGUUGUUAAACCAAUAUACAAAAUUCGCUCAAAUGGUCAAGAAAAUGGGAGGAAUAAAAGGAUUAUUUAAAGGAGGUGACAUGUCGAAGAAUAUAAAUCCAAGUCAAAUGGCAAAAUUAAAUCAUCAAAUGGCUAAAUUGAUGGAUCCUAGAGUCUUACACCAAAUGGGAGGAAUGAAUGGACUGCAGAGUAUGAUGAAGCAAUUUCAGGCGGGAGCGACUGGUAAAUUUCCAAAUAUGAUGGGAUAGAAGAAAUGAGUUUGUGCCACUGUUUAACUGACGCUCCUUGUUUAUUUUAUGAAUUUGUAAACUUAUUCAAAAAAUACUGUAAUGUUAAUGUAAUCUAUAUUACUCUGAAUUUCACUUCGUUAUU